CCCUGGAACUGGAAUGGAAUCAAUCCCCCAGCUCCGAAAUCUUCACCUGUAGUAGUACUACUAGAUCUUGUCUCGGGAGUGUUUAUAUCCAUUCGAAACAGAGCAAAACUUGUGUUUCUCUCUGAGCAAAGCAGGAAUACAGCAAUGCCGGCCGAUCUGCCACUCCGCUCGCUGCUGCUCGCACUUCUUUGCAUCGCGUUGCUCUCGGCUCCUCGCAGCACCGUGGCCUGCAACGCCGACGACCGCGCCGCGCUGCUGAGGAUCAAAUCGCAGCUGGGCGACCCAGUGCAGCUCUCGUCGUGGCUCCCGUCCAUCGCCAACUGCUGCGCCUGGGAUCCCCCCGCCGCAGUCUUCUGCUCGUCGUCCGGCCGCGUGACCGGGCUGGCUCUCUCCUCCCUCGCGGGCCUCCGGGCCCCGGUACCUCCGGCCCUCGGCGAGCUCACGGCGCUCGUGAUCCUCCAGGUCCAGUCCGUGCGCGGGCUUUCCGGCCCAAUCCCGCCCUCCCUCGCCAACCUCACCCGCCUCGAGAACCUCAACAUCGCCGGCACCUCCAUCUCCGGCCCCGUGCCAGGCUUCCUCUCCGCCAGCCUCCGCACCCUCGUCAUCGCCGACGGCAAGCUCGCGGGCCCCAUCCCGCAGUCUCUAACCAGCCUCCCAGACCUCAGGUACCUGGACCUCAGCGGCAACAUGCUCACGGGGUCCAUCCCGGGGGGGCUCCUUCAUGGGAGCUUCAGGUUCCUCAUACUGGCGAACAACCGGCUAAAGGGAGAGAUACCCAGCGACUGCGGCGACGCCGACGUCGACACCAUCGACCUCUCACGCAACGGGCUCUCCGGCGACCCGUCGCCGUUCCUGUUCGGCACGGCGAAGCGGGUCGCCAAGGUGGACCUGUCGUGGAACGAGCUCGAGUUCGACAUGACGGAGGUCAGGUUCCCGCACCACCUCCGGUUCCUGGACCUCAGCCACAACAGGAUCAACGGGAGCGUGGCCAAGUCGCUGAGGGAUGUCAGGCUGGAGCACUUCGACGUGAGCGACAAUGGCCUCUGCGGCGAGAUCCCCAAGGGGAGGUUCAUGUCGGCGCACGGAGCCGAAUGCUACCAGCGUAACCGGUGCCUCUGCGGCGCGCCUCUGCCUCCCUGCACCGCCACCGUCGCCAUUGAUCAUGUGCCGUGAUCAAUGGGCCGGUAACAUCAAACAUGUUUGUCUUUCCAUGGGUUAUCUGAAGCGUAGAACAGAUUUUCAGGCCAGUUCGAUCAAAGCAAAUUCAUAUUCGGAGUAGUAGCAAAUUAAACAUAUGGGAUAGAACCAAAUUUCAGUAAUACUGUGGCAUCUUGGUACAAAAUAAGGCUGCUAAGUAACAUUGUAAAUUUAGGAUUGAUUUCGUCCGAAAAAUAAGGCGAGGACGAUUGUUGCUAAAAACUCAUGCCACCUAAUUUGUGGUCACA